AUGGACUCGACUACUAAUGAGAGUAUCGAGCUCUCUCCCAAGAAAACACUCCCAGCCAAGAUUAGCAAAUACUCGACCUGGGAGUCUAUGAAAAUUUGGUACUCUCGGACCAUUCUCCGAUCGGGCACGCAGUAUAUUUCAUUAGAGCAGCAGUCACCCUCUAACUCGAACCCCUUUCACGGGUGGAGAUUGGGUGCUCUACUCUCGGGCAUUUUUGUUACAAUUUGCUUAUGUCUUAAUAUUGCGGGCACUGCUUAUAUUCACACCAAGUAUCCACCUAAUGAUGACGGGCUGGGCGUGAUUCUUGACCAUGACUGCGGCAAUAUUCGCAGCAUUGACAGCCGCUUCCACUAUGCGAUCAACGUUAUUGCCACUGUCCUCGUCGGCGCAAGCAAUUACAACAUGCAAUGUCUCUCAGCGCCAACGCGUAAAGAUGUUGACGUGGCUCACAGGCGGAGAAGGUGGCUUGAUAUUGGGAUUCACUCAAUACGAAACCUGUCGCACAUCACGCGACCCAAAGCGAUAUUCUGGCUCAUGCUCGCUCUGAGUUCAUUGCCUCUUCAUCUUUUGUGGAACUCGGCAGUUUUUAUGACAACCACAUUCAACGACUACAGCGGUCUGGUGGUCACGCCGGGAUUUCUAGAAGUACUUCGAUUGGCCUCAAUUGUGGACGUGAUGCGAUGGCGUAAUACAAGACUUCAGACCUGCCGAGCUAUGUGA